UCGACACAAUACAAGUUGAGCGUUGUUAGGAUUGUUACCAACCGACUCGUCUAUUAGUAGCUAGAUUCUACCACUGUAAACGAUUUCCACACCAAAAUUUGUCAUUCUUGUCUCAAUCAUGGCGGGAGAUUACUCUGUUGUAACUGCGAGCUAUGUCAAUGUGCAAAUUUCCAACUCACUGACGUCUUUUGCAUCGGAGAAGCGAUUUCCAAAAAGUAUCACCAUUGCUGAACUGAAGGGUAAAUUUGAGCUGAUAACAGGAUGCAGUGCCGCAGCUACAGAUCUAGAGCUUUACACAUCAGAAGGAAAGUUGGUAGGACCCAUCAACAAUGAUGAUGCUUUAUUAGGCUCAUACCCGGUAGAAGAUGGAAUGAGAAUUCAUGUAAUCAACAAGGAUAACAACCGUGCUGCAGGAGAGUUUGAAGAUGUUUCAAGGGUGGAGAAAUUUGAGAUAUCAAAAGAUGAAUAUGAUAAGAGAGCAGAUUCUGUACGAGCAUUCAAGAAGAAGAUGAAGAUGGGUCAAUUCAAGGAGGUUAGCCCGGAGGAACAAGCGAGGAUAGAUGGAGAGAAAGCUCAGAAUGCAGCAGAAGAAGAAAGGCUAGCUAAAGCUAUCACUGUUGACUCAAGAUGUGAAGUCUCUGUACCCAAUGCACCACCCACUAAAAGAGGAACUGUCAGAUUCGUUGGGAUGGCAGCCUUCAAGCCUGGAUACUGGGUUGGUGUACAAUAUGAUGAACCUCUAGGCAAGAAUGAUGGCAGUGUUGGUGGAAAGAGAUACUUUGAAUGUCUUCCUAAGUAUGGUGGCUUUGUGAAGCCUCAAUAUGUGACGAUUGGUGACUUUCCAGAAGAGGACUUUGAUAUGGAUGAAAUGUGAUCUUACCAUCCUACAUGCAUGUCAUCUGUCUCGGACCGGAUUAAGGUCAUAUUGUUUGUUGCUUCAGAUAGAUUGUUACAAAUUUGGAACAUACACACAUGUGACCUUUCAGAUAUUCUCUUUCAUCUGGGUAUUGGAGAAAGAAUUGUAGGAAGAUUUUGAUUGGUCAAAAUUUAUCUAUUUUGAUCAGAGCUGUUGAAGAAAUUUGAAGGCACAAAGGCCCAUCAAGUGGACCAAAUUAAACCUGGCUUUAGUUCACAAAAUUACGGAGCAUCAAGUAUCAAUCAGUUCUUUGAAUAUUCCCUUAACAUGAACACAAAAAUGAAAGAUUAAAAUUAAGUCUUGAAAUGUGAAGUUCAUGACUUGAUUAUUAUUAAUUCAUUAUUGACACUUGAUGUUUCAUGAAUCAUUGGACUAGCUAAGCUCUAACCCAGUUUGGUUGUGUGUUUCACCUGGACUACAGGUAGUAUGCAGUACCAAUCAUCUGAAAAAGUACUCUGUGUUCAGCUAGAUUGUAUAAAAUUAUCCUCAAAUACAUUUACCUGGCAUUCUAUAGGUUAACAGUUAAGGAGAAUGAAGAAAAUACAGAAUGACAUGAAACCCCGCCUAUGGACUUGGGUUCAAUGCAUGCGUCACCAACUCGGUCUAACCAACAAGUUAUAUUUGAAGCUCAUAUUGUGAAUACAGUAUAGCUACAUGAAAUCCCCAUACAUCAAAAGCAAAAUGUAGAAUACUAAACAAAGUCUGUGCAAUGCUUUAUAGUUCAUAGCUGACUUGUGAUGAGAUAUACCUUCUCUCUAUCACUGCUUGUGCCUAGGGUUUUUUGUAAUGAGUAAACAAAGCAACUUUUAAACUACUUGGUGAUUGGUUGCGCUACAAAUUCAGAAACAAAUAACCUCUCCAUUACCCCUUCAUCAUAUGUAUUACUCUGGUGUAAUGUCUUGUAGAAAUCUAGAAAUAUCUUUGUAUCAAUUCAAUAGUUCGGUAGUGAAAUCUAUGUGCAUCUAACAGAAUUGUUAAUUAGGUAAUCCAUACUUAUGCCUCUGCCCACCAGAGUUGUUGCCCAAGGCAUUAUGUUUGUGUAUCUUCUGUCUGUCCUGCUUUCUCCCAUGUAUACUAAAGAUACACUGUAUCUAACAAAAAACAAAAAACA